AAAAAAUUUUAAAAUAAAUUAGGGAGAGUCAUUUUGGUAACAGGGAGGAACAUCCACCAUUCUGCAUGAGUAGGGUGGCCUCUUGUGCCGCUCCUGUGUAUAGAGAAUUUGAAAUCGAGUUUUAAUCUUUGAUGUGAAGUCCUCUGUGGACGUGUCUCUGUGACUUGCACACACUGGUGCUGGUGGGUACCUGUGAUGAAGCCGCAGCACUAUGUGUGCACCUCUCCUACAACAGCCACCUGGCUGACUUUGAGAAUAAGCUCUCCAAAAGUCUGAAUUCGCCUCCCGUCUCACAAAUAUGGUUCAUUUCAGAAACUUUUGUUGGAAACAUUUGUAAUCAAAUUCACUGAUGGAAAUGAUGUGUCUACAUGUAGAUGCCCAAGUAAUUUAUAGUUGGCAAUUCCUGGAAAAGCUGUGGCCCAAUGUACUUUUGUACUCCCAAAUUUCAGGAAAUUGGAGGAUUUGUUCUGUGACUUCGGCCAACCAAAGUAUUCUUGAUAAUGCUUGUCUUACACAUCUGUAAAAGUUCCAAGUGUGAUACAGAGAAGGUCUUAUUUAGGCUAGCUAACAGGGAAGAAAGUGGAAGAGGUCCCAAAUGAGAGUUGCAUUGAAGCAGACUAAGCUAUGAGAAAUUGCAUUAUCUUAAUGUGUUUCAUAUGGUCAAAGUCUGACAAUGUAGCAGAACAAUGCAGAGUGGAGCAAGUUCAUUAUAAGUUGAUUAUAAAGUGCUUAGGAGGUAAUUCUGAAUACUUUACGAAACUCCCUAGGAUAGUGACUUCUUUCAUUCACUCCAUAGAAGAACUUGAAAUUUAUUAGUGGUGUUUUUCUAGAGAUACAAAAAUUGCUUCUGAAAAUACUUUGAUGUAUACUGACUUUUAUCUACUUCUGCUGGAUUAUGGAAUACUUUUUCCUGUGUUUAUCUAUUGUCAUCUUUCUGAUGUACUGAGAUUUGUAUUAGCUUGUUUCCCAACGUUUUGAGGAGGAGAUAAAUGUCAUUAAGUCUAAGAGUGAAUGCAGAAUGAUAACAAAAGAAUAUACAUUCAGAAAUGAUGGAUUAUCGUAAGAAUGUACAUGUAUGCUAUUGUGGAUAUAAACAAUCUCGUACAUUUGCUAGUAAGGGAAGAUUCUGCUGUGAAGAUGUGGAGCCCUGCCUCCUUUCCAUAAAUACUUGAUCAAUCUGGGAAUUAUUUGUGGAUUUGUUCCAGAGAAGGCUAAUGCUUUAGAUGGGAGAAAGUAGGGAUGUCCUGCUAAAAGAACUCAUCUCACAGGGGAAAAGAUUAUAGGAUUUGCUAUUAAGUGUUCUGCAUUGAAGAACAAUUGCCUUCUUAUCUUGUAUGGUUUUAACAAAAAAUUCGCUACCCUGCCUGUGUAUUUUUGUGGUACUAGUGUACAUUGUGCUUAGCAGGCUUAUUUUACUCUUAAUAAUGCAUUUUACUCUCUGUAGUUUGUAUUUUGGGUGUUGUUUUUAAGUAUCUUUUUCUUAGAUGUUUCUUUGGUUUAAAGAAAAAAAAGAGGUCUGUAGAAUAUAGUCCUAUAUGUGUAGGAGCACACCGAUUUACAAAAACUAUAAUACUAUAUUUGGGGUCCGAAGUGCUUAUAUUAAAGAAAAUCCAUCAUGAUGACAUUGUAAUAAAUGUAAUAUGCAUGUUGAGAUGAAAAAUAUAAUUCAUUUUGAUAAGCCUUAUAUAUCCCAUAUUACUGUGUUCUUUGAGGAACAUUCUCCCUGUUCUUUCUCUCUCUUAAUAUAUGUCUAAAGUCUUUUCCUUAUGUCUUUCCUACCUAGCAUCACCCUCUCCUUGUUCAUUUUCUGUCCAAAGCAAAACCCUUCAGAGCAAAUCUUUGUUGAAUUCCUACUACUCAGUAUCAUCAGACACAGUUCCAUCGACCACGCUGUUAGACAGUAGCCAUGGAGAGAUGACUCAGCCAACCUUGACUAUCCAGACCCACCCGUACCGAAGCUGCGAGCCAGUGGAAAUGUCCUACCCACGGGGGCAGUUCCAGCCAGCCAUCCGAGUGGCCGACCUGCUGCAGCACAUCACCCAGAUGAAACGUGGACAGGGCUAUGGAUUUAAAGAGGAAUACGAGGCGUUACCUGAGGGGCAGACGGCAUCCUGGGAUACAGCCAAGGAAGAUGAAAAUCGCAAUAAGAAUAGAUAUGGAAACAUAAUCUCCUAUGAUCAUUCAAGAGUGAGAUUGCAGCUGCUGGAUGGGGACCCUCACUCUGACUACAUCAACGCCAAUUACAUAGACGGGUACCACCGGCCUCGUCAUUACAUUGCAACUCAAGGGCCGAUGCAAGAGACAGUGAAGGAUUUCUGGAGAAUGAUUUGGCAAGAAAACUCUGCAAGCGUUGUCAUGGUCACCAACUUGGUGGAAGUGGGCAGGGUGAAGUGUGUUCGGUACUGGCCAGAUGACACAGAGGUCUAUGGGGACAUUAAAGUCACAUUAAUUGAGACAGAACCACUGGCAGAGUAUGUCAUACGCACAUUUACUGUACAAAAGAAAGGCUACCAUGAGAUCCGAGAGAUUCGGCAGUUCCACUUCACCAGCUGGCCAGACCACGGGGUUCCUUGCUAUGCCACGGGCCUCCUGGGCUUUGUUCGGCAAGUAAAGUUCCUCAACCCUCCAGAGGCAGGACCCAUCGUUGUGCACUGCAGUGCUGGGGCUGGGAGAACAGGGUGCUUUAUUGCCAUUGACAUCAUGCUUGACAUGGCAGAGAACGAAGGUGUGGUUGAUAUAUUUAACUGCGUGCGAGAGCUGCGCUCCCAGAGGGUCAAUUUGGUGCAGACGGAGGAACAGUAUGUAUUUGUCCAUGAUGCCAUUUUGGAGGCGUGUCUCUGCGGCAACACGGCCAUUCCAGUUUGUGAGUUCAGAUCCAUAUAUUACAACAUCAGCAGGAUAGAUCCACAAACCAAUUCCAGUCAGAUAAAAGAUGAGUUUCAGACUCUCAAUAUUGUGACACCGCGGGUUCGACCAGAGGACUGCAGCAUCGGCCUUUUGCCGAGGAACCAUGACAAGAACCGCUGCAUGGACGUGCUGCCCUUGGACCGGUGCCUGCCCUUCCUCAUCUCUGUGGAUGGCGAAUCCAGUAACUACAUCAAUGCUGCGCUCAUGGAUAGCCACAAGCAACCUGCUGCCUUUAUUGUAACCCAGCACCCUUUGCCCAACACCGUAGCAGACUUCUGGAGGCUGGUGUUUGAUUAUAACUGCUCCUCCGUAGUGAUGCUGAAUGAGAUGGAUGCUGCACAGGUAAGGGAUUUUUCAUCAUCUCAGCCAUAUAACUUUAUUUUCAGAUCCAGAAGGUUUUCAGGGGGUUUCUACAGCCAUUUGCUUGUGACCAAUAAAUAAAACAAAAUAAAUAAUGGGAACUGGAAUGUAACAGGCAAUGUUUUGGGGUACUGUGGAAGAGCAAGGUUCAGGUCUACAUACUUGACUCCUUCUA